UCAUACGUAGCGUAUUAAAUAAGCGUAAAGCGCAGGCUCGUUCAGAUGUUGCAGAUGUUGCACAAAAUUUGUGUCCUAAAUAAAUUGUAUAUGAACAAGUAUUAAUUAAAUAUUACUACCGUAAUAUCUAAUUUUAAUUUUCUAAUUUACUAAAAUCAUGGGAGAACUCACAUUUUAUUUAAUCGCUGUAUCCUUUGCGAUUGUUUUAGGCUCAUUUCAAUUUGGAUAUCAUAUUGGAGAACUUAAUACGCCUAAAAGUGUAAUAUCAUGUGAAAAUCUACCGACUCCAAAUGAUGAUAGUUCUCUUAUACGAUGUAUUCCAAUGAACGAGGGAGAAUUUGGAUUGUUAACAUCAAUUCUUAAUUUAGGUGGAUUGAUAGGAUCAUUACUUUCUUCACGCGUCGCUGAUACUAAAGGAAGAAGAUGGACUUUAUUGUGCAAUAAUUUAUUUUUAUUUAUUGGACCUAUUGUAAUGGGAUUCGCUAAUUCUUAUUCCGCAUUAGUUAUUGGUAGAAUGAUUGUCGGUAUCGGUUGUGGUGUGACCAGUGUAGUCGUUCCGAUGUAUCUUGCCGAAAUAUCACCUGCAGAAUAUCGCGGUGCUUUUGGUGUGAUGAAUCAGCUUGGAAUUGUAAUUGGUAUAUUGUUUUCACAAAUACAAGGAUUAUAUUUGUCAAAUGUGCCAGGAUGGAGAAUUAUAUUAUUAUCUGCAUCAGCCAUGUCAAUUAUACAAUUCAUUCUUCUUGGAUUUUCGGUAGAAUCACCAAAAUAUCUUGCAUCAAGAACAGGAGGAUAUCAAUCAGCUAAGAGAGCUUUACAAAAAUUAAGAGGUAAAACUGAAGUAGAAGAAGAAAUUGGGGGAUGGAAACAAAUUGCAGCAGAAGAAGGGCUAGAAGGAUUAAUUGAUAAUCAACAAAAUGAAAAUCUACAACAGCAACAAUCAUUACCAUCAUCAUCGCAAGACAAUAUCGAGGAAAGUAUUUCUACUACACCAGAACCAGCCGUGGUAUUCCAUGCAAGGAAUUCAAGUAGGGAUGAUAUUAAUAUUUGGAAAUUUAUUGGUAGUUUACAUUAUAGACCAGCGUUAAAAGUUUUAUUAUUAUUACAAAUUACACAACAAUUUUCUGGGAUUAAUGCGGUAAUGAAUUAUUCUACAACAAUAUUAAAAAAAAUAUUACCAACGUCAAGUGAUUUAAUUACAGUAUAUAUUAGUAUUAUGAAUGCCAUAAUGACAGUAGUAUCGGCAUAUUUAAUAGAUAAAUCAGGUAGAAGAACAUUAUUGUUAUAUUCUAUGUCAUUAAUGAGUCUAGCAUCAGCUGUAUUAGCAUUUAGUAUAACAUAUGAUUUAGCAUUAUUAUCAUCACUAUCAAUAAUUGGAUUUGUAGCUACAUUUGCUAUUGGUUUAGGACCUAUACCAUUUUUAAUUAUACCUGAAAUAGUUGAUACCCAUUCUGUGGCAACCGCAUCUAGUUUAGGAUUAUCUAUUAAUUGGAUAUGUAAUUUCUUAGUUAGUUCAUUAUUUUUGGAAGUUAGGGAAAUUUUGGGAGGUAAAGUUUUUUAUAUAUUUGCUACAUAUUUAUUCGUAGCUUAUAUUAUUGGCAAUCGUAUUUUACCAGAAACUAAAGCUAAAACCGUCGAAGAAGUUUGGCAUGAUUGGAGUGGUAAAUAUGUUAAAACUUAGAUGUCCAUUUUAAGAAAUAAUUUGAAAAUUGAAUCAAAUUUUAUUAAAUAAAUUAUUCGCAUGUA